CUUUACUUCCGAGAUACUUCGCGUUGUAUCGACACCAAAAGGACGUUCGUCCUCGCAAAAUCAUUCACGGACCCAUUUCUCGAUUGCUAACACACAUUCAACAUCUCUCACGCAACAACGUCCUACAAGAACAGUUAAGAUGUCAGGCGUCCUAUGUACAUGGGCGGCCAACAUCCCUCGAUCCUCCGAGCAGUGGUACGAAGACGAGUACAUUCCUUCCAUGGCGUCGAAAUUAGCACAACACGCGCUGCACUGUGAAGUGGCCGAGGUUGGACUCGAUGACGAAGUUGAUGGUGUUGGGGAGCGCGAAGCGCCUUGGACAUGGCUCACAGUUUACGAGAUGGAAGAUGCAGGGAAGGCGACAGAUGCGACAUACGAUGAGAGCAAUCACCCGCCCAUGACUAGCGGGUUGCAAAGCGCGAGAUUUGAUGUGAGGACAUAUGAGGAGGUCAAGAGGUGGCAACAGGAAGAUUGGGAGGGCGAUCACGAAGACAUAGUCAGCGUAGCCGUGAUGGAGUGGCAAGUAGAGGAGGGAGACGAGAAAGAGGUUCUUGACUUCUACCAAUCCGAGGCGGCUCCUACAAUUGCUUCAUCACCGGAUGUGCUGAGGUUUCGCAUGUUCAAGAUCAAGAACGCGACCGUGCUGAAAGUGGACUCCUACGAGACGCUUGAAAAGAAGAACUUGCACACGUAUCUGACCUUGGUGGAGCUCGAAACUGAGGAGUGGCCGUGGGAUGUGGUUAUUGCGUUGGAUGAGAAGCCGAAGUGGAGAGAGUACUGGGAAGGACAGAAGGUGGUGAAGUGGCAGAGUAGUCAUUACCUCGUCAAGAGGAGCUAUCCCAAUGCUGAUGAAGACGGCGGCGAUGAUUAGUACAGCCAGUCGUACGCAUUGCGAACCUAUUUCCAAACUACAUUUACGUUGUGAACAGUCUAUCGAUUAGAAGACAUGCCUGUUCUGCAGUUCUCCUCUUGCAGAAUUCAUCAGUGUCUCCCCACGCUUCUCUCACCUUCCGUUGCAGCUUCCCUCACCUCGUGUUCGAUCAAGAGGCCAAAUUGCAUGAGCAGCUCUGCACUUCUAGUCAGUCUUGCUCCAUCUUUCCAAUCCUUUUCCUUUCACCAAGUUCUCAGAGACCAAACGUCGACACACCUAGAAUUUGUGAGAGUACCAAGCUGC